AUGCGCUCACAGCUGCCUUUUCUCUUCCUGAUACUUGUGGUCUUCAUGCUCGUCAUGUCCACGGUUUUUUUUCCUAAUAUCAUUCCGGACAAUUAUUUUUUUGCGAGCUGCUCAGAAGGCACACGCGAAAUGGCGUAGGAUAGUUUGUUUAAGGGCACGCCUGACCAAAAUGAGACUUUCGCGUGGGAACUUGAGAACCAUUAGAGGAAAAGGCUGAAUGGGAGGUUUAGUAAGAUUCUCAAGCUGAUCAUAAAAACGGCCGGAGCUACUUUGAAGGCAAAUAGAGCAUUUUUUAUGUACAUUACAAAAGUUUUCACAAAAAAAACCGUAUCGAUUUUUUACCAAAUUUAGACACUGCGCUACAAUCAAGCGGAUAGGUAGGCCAAUUAGCGGAAAAUGAAUCUGUUUUCCUGGCAGAAGCACACUGAAUCAAGCCGAUGUAAAAUGAGCAAAAAAGCUUCUGUAGGAGAAAAAAAAAGAAUCUGUCGAUCCUGCAAAAGUGACUCAUCGUAUAUUGAGCUAAAAAUAAUCCAUUCAAAGUCGAUUUUUCAGGCCUCCACCAUCGUGCUGCUGGCCUACCAUGACGAGGUAGUGCUAGCCGAUCUCGGCACUCUGAGCGCCGUUUAUUUCCCGCUCUUUCUUGUGAACAACGUCUUCACCAUGCUCUUCUCAUUGCUCUACUGGAUCAUUUUCGAGCGUCGGAGCGGCGAAGCGUUCGCGGACAUCAAAACUUCGAGGUUAUUUUUAACAACAGUCCGGCACGCAGCAAGAAGAAAAUCGUACAGUCGCGAAUUGACUAAAAAUCUCAGCUCAACAAGAGAGAGCUUCCCAAAACAUAAUGGCAGACCCAAUUUUGAUUGUCGCGAAAGAUAUGAGUUGUAUUCCUGUCCAAGACAUGUUUUUAUUGAGCUUGGUUGUUGCUUGAAUUUAUAAUAUUAUUGUAUCAUACUGAUCAGAUAUCAGUUUCGCAAAACUCAAAAGUCAGAAAAGCUCAAGUGACUACUCAAGAGAUCAUACAAGUUUAAAAAUUCUCAAAAAAACAAUUUUUUUGGUUGAUCCCGUGACUUCCUCGCAACGUUGAAAUAAUGAAAAAAACCAUUCGAUUUUUCAAAAAAAAAAAAUUACUUUAUGUGGAAGUUUUGCCGUUUUCAUAACGAUAACCCAACACGCACUGCUAAUAAUCCCACGACUUUUUGAAUUUUCAGGUCUGACGUGUAGAAAUAAAUUUCUUUCAAUGAACCUGAGGGAUUGUAGUGAAUAGGAAAAAAAUCAAAAAAAUCCACCGGCAAAUUAAUUAAAUUUUCGAAUAUUUUAGUAGGUUCAGAAAGUUGAUGAACCUUGGAUCCGAUAAAAAAAUUUUUAUUAUUUCAAAUCUCAGUGGCUUGAUAAAACCUCUUUUUCGUUGAAAAAAUACGAAACAACAUUUUUGAACAAAAAAAGCAGAGAAGAAAAAAUUUCCUAUUGAAUCUGGAUUCUUUUUGAGUCCAUCAGGACCCUCCAUUUUCUGACUUCAUUCUUAGAGAUGAUUAUUUUCGAGAAUUUCAAGCGUAAAUCAGAAAAUUCAGAACGACCUCCGUCGAGUGGCCUCGCACGUCUUCUGAGCCGACGGUGGCGUCCUACUACGACAACGUUAUGAUGUGGGACGACUCUCGCGAAGAUUCGGCCCAUCUCUAUCCCCGCUUCAACCAUUAUAACCAGCUUUAA